AGAGACCCUCACGCCUCUUUUAUCUCACGCAUGCAUGCACACACACACAUACAACAUGCGUAGUCUGUUUCUAUCACUGCUCAAGUCUUGGAAUGCAUUUUGUGGCAAACGUCAGAAAUAAUGAGGAGACUAGGUUAGUGGAGGAGGAUCCGGGCCGGGUGGUCUUCCUCAGUGACCCAGCUCACCCGGAAAGGAGACUUUAGCUCAUCUCUGUGCAUGCGCACCUGGCUGCUUAUUUCUGGACAUACACCCUGAGACUAUCCAUCUCAAAUGGAAAGAGGCACUUGUCAGGAAAACUAAAUGGAUGUGUGUGAGAGAAACAGUAUGCUCUGGCGUUGUGCUAAAACUUACAGAUGAAGGAGGAAAUUCCACAGAAAGUGCUGAAUUCUGCGGGUGCCGAAAAUGGUGACUUUGCCAGACGUGGGCUUUUGCUGUCUUUGUGGAUCUGAAUGGACACUAAAGAGGUCAUUUGAAGUGGACGAGGAUGCAUCCACAAACCCUUCCCCUCUCUCCCGCAGAACAACCAACCCUCUGCGCUCCUCCACCUCUUCGACAAGCAGUCGCUUUCAUGACUUGACCUCCCGAAACUCUGAGUCCGCCGCCAGGCAUGGUUCUGAUUCCUCCUCCAACCCUCGCUCUCCAAAGUCCAGCCUUACCCGUGUGGAGUUAUCAUCAGGCCGCAUUCCAGAUACUGUUUCACGCAGGACAGAGAUUUCCAUUGACAUCUCUUCUAAGCAAGUGGACAGCUCACCCAGUCCUGGUAUCGCCCGCUUUGGCCUGAAGAGACCCGAGGUCUCGCUCCAAAGCAAAGCCACAGAUGCACCCAUUCACAGAAGGGCUGAGGGUAACCACAGCAGACCCCAAGAACCUCCAACACCCCCCAAGAGAGCUGACCCGCCAAUAUCUACAACCCGGAUACCUGAGCUAUCCCAGAGGAGAGCAGAACCUCCCAGCCCUCUAGAGAUCUCCGCUCCAUCUAGACGGCCUGAGAUGCAAAUUAACAGACAGCUGGACACACCUUCACCUGCCCGAGAGUCAGAGAACAGCUUCACUUCAGCAGCCAGCGUCACCCCCACCUUCAAUGAAUACAAAACCCCUCCAUCAGUGAAUGAAAACCCCAGAAGACCAACAGAGAGGUCAGAGGUCAGUUCCAGCUACAGCAGCAGCAGCAGCAGUAGCAUUAUGGCAGAGUCUGUUAUACCAGAGAUGCCCUCAGCCAUGUCCCUGGACAAGUCCAGGAUGGACUUCAGCUACGUGGGCAUUGAUGCAAUCCUGGAGCAGAUGAGGAGGAAGGCCAUGAAACAGGGCUUUGAGCUGAACAUCAUGGUUGUGGGUCAGAGUGGAUUGGGAAAGUCCACAUUAAUGAACACACUCUUCAAGUCCAAAGUGAGCCGUAAGUCUGUCCUGGGCACAGCUGAGGAGAAGAUCCCCAAAACCAUCGAGAUCAAGUCUAUCAGUCAUGACAUCGAGGAGAAAGGUGUUCGAAUGAAGCUUACAGUCAUAGACACACCAGGGUUUGGAGACCAGAUCAACAAUGAAAACUGUUGGCAGCCUAUUAUGAAGUUUAUCAAUGACCAGUAUGAGCAGUACCUUCAGGAGGAGAUCAACAUUGACAGAAAAAAGAGGAUUCCAGAUUCAAGAGUUCACUGCUGCAUAUACUUCAUCCCGCCCACAGGACACUGUCUCAGGCCUCUGGAUGUGGAAUUUAUGAGACGCCUCAGCAAGGUGGUAAACAUUGUUCCUGUCAUCGCUAAGGCUGAUACCUUGACUCUGGAGGAGAGGGAUUUCUUCAAGAAGAAGAUCAGGGAAGAGCUUCGGGCAAAUGGUAUAGACGUCUAUCCACAGAAAGAGUUUGAUGAGGAUGCAGAAGACCGAAUGAUCAAUGAGAAAAUAAGAGAGAUGAUUCCUUUCGCAGUAGUAGGAAGUGACCAAGAGUACCAGGUCAAUGGGCGGAGACUCCUAGGAAGGAAAACAAAGUGGGGCACUAUCGAAGUUGAGAAUAUCGCGCACUGUGAGUUUGCUUACCUACGUGACCUUCUGAUUCGAACCCACAUGCAGAACAUUAAAGACAUCACCAGCAGCAUCCACUAUGAGAUGUACCGUGUCCGUCGGCUCAACGAGAAUAACACUCAGGCCAACGGCCUUGGCGAUCACCACCCGGCCUCCCACGAAAUCUAGCACCCCCCCACCUGAACCCUCCCAUUCCUUCCCAAUCCCCAACCCCUCAUUCACCUUACACUCCACUCCUCCCCUUCAAUCAGCUAUGGACUGAGGUGAAGAGGUCCAUCAAGAGAAGCACAUAAUGACUUUACCUCUCAAAAACGCCAGCACAAUGUCCUUAAACCUUCCAAGCAUUUUUGUUCUGGCACCAGAGACCCGGGGCUCUCAGAAAUGACUCUGAUUUGCCUGUUAAAAGAGCUUCACUAUAUAUAGCAUGUGUUUGAUGCUUCAGGUCUGUGUGCAGAUGCUGGUUAGGAGGCGGCUUUGAUUGCUUCUGAUUGGUCAAACUGUGCAAGCUCUUUACAUGCAGAUCAUGCCUGUGUUUGGCUUUAACAUACAAAUAUUUUACUGGGGUUUUCUCAAAAAUACUCCUUUUUAUGUGAUUUGUCAACUGUUUUAUUAAUAUUUAUGCUUAAUUUUGAGCGGGGCGCAUUAGAGGCGAAGUCACCAGGGCUUACAUGUCAAAACCUCGUUUCCAUUUUGCAUUCAAAAGAUGCUCCAUUGGUUCCAACUCUCUCUCUUUUAAGCACGGUGAAGUGUGGAGGUUUUACAGGUUAUCUGGUCUCUUUCUCGACAAUGCCAUCAUGCCAAAUGCACAGGAAACAUGUCGUGCCAUUUGUCUUGCUGUUUUAAAUGUGUUCAAAGGAUUAUAGGAACCCUUGGUGCCUUAUUAAAACCGUAAUGAGUGGAGUCACAAGGUUAGGAUUUCUAUUCGUAUGUCCCCAUGUUCACACUAAUACUCUGUCAAACGUGAAUAGAUCUAAACUGAUCCGUGGAUACAAUCAAUCUUAUUUAUUGUUGAAUGUGAUCUGGACUGUGGUUUAAUCUUGGUAGGAGAACAGCAGAACAUUUGGACAGCAUUUAACAAUGUCGCAGUCCACCUUUAAUGAAUCGAACUCUAGUUUUAUGUGGCAAAAUUUAGUGCCUAUUGUUUUACAUACAGUCCUACUCAUAUUCUCGUGUGUGGAUAUGUGGAUACAUACACCAUUUUGACAGUUUUUCUUUAUCAUUUGUCUUGUUUUCUUCUAGCUCUGAGGAAAGGGCCUGCAGGAGAAAAACUUUAAACAGUGCCAAGAUUUCUAGGUGCCUGAAUUUUUUUUUAAGAUUCCUGCCAUGUCUGAUAAAGAGCCGCUUUUUAAAACUGCUCAGGCUUUGUCCUCAUGUGCAAAACCCUUCAUAAAUGCUCAUCAUUGGGAAAAUAUCUUUGUUUUGUCCUGUGCUGUAUAUUCAUAGUGAUUAAAUUUUUGUAUUGCAAUACAGAGUAACACAAAUAACUUUGAUAUCCUGGUAUUUUAAAGAAAUAAAGAUUUAAAUGGAAAAAUAA